GGAUUUUUCUGUCUCGCUUGUUUUCUUCCAGAAUGGGUUCUAUUUGGGUUCCCUGGGUGGUGGCUUUGUUAGUGACGGUAAUCAGGCUGGAUUCCUCCAUGACUCAAGGCAGAGAUUCUCCAGAAGAUUUUGUGAUUCAGGCAAAGGCUGACUGUUACUUCACCAAUGGGACAGAAAAUGUGCAGUUUGUGGUCAGAUUCAUCUUUAACCUGGAGGAGUAUGCACGUUUUGACAGCAACUUGGGGAUGUUUGUGGCCUUGACGGAGCUGGGCCAGCCUGACGCUGAGCUGUGGAACAAUCGGCCCGAUAUACUGGCAAGGAGUAGAGCCUCUGUGGAUGCGCUCUGCAGACACAACUACAAGCUGGGUGCACCCUUCACUGUGGGGAGAAAAGUGCAACCAGAGGUGACAGUGUAUCCAGAGAGGAUCCCAGCCUUGCAGCACAGCAAUCUGCUGCUUUGUUCUGUGACAGGUUUCUACCCAGGGGACAUCAAGAUCACGUGGUUCCGGAAUGGGCAGGAACAGAGAGAGGGGGUCAUGUCCACUGGCCUCAUUAGGAAUGGAGACUGGACCUUUCAGACAAUGGUGAUGCUAGCAAUGACACCUGAACUUGGAGAGGUCUACACCUGCCUUGUUGAUCAUCCCAGCCUGCUCAGCCCUGUUUCUGUGGAGUGGAGAGCUCAGUCUGAAUAUUCUUGGAGAAAGAUGCUGAGUGGAAUUGCAGCCUUCCUGGUUGGGCUAGUCUUCCUUCUGGUGGGGAUCGUCAUCCACACCAGGGCUCGGAAAGGACGUGUGGAGACUCUGUUGUCUGGUGCUGAGGUCCCAAGAGCAGUUCUUCGUCCAUAA